GAUGUUGUCCUUCUCCAGCUCAACCCAAACGUCAGCGUGUUUCAAAGAAAAUUUGUGAAUGAAGUAAAGAAGUGUGAAGAGAUGGAAAGAAUACUCGGAUAUCUAGUACAAGAAAUUAAGAAGGCAGAUAUUCCUCUUCCUGAAGGAGAUGUUGCUCCUCCUGCCCCCUUACUGAAACAUAUUUUAGAAAUCCAGGAACAAUUGCAGAAACUGGAGACAGAAUUGAGGGAAGUAACUAAAAACAAAGAAAAGUUGAGGAAAAACCUGCUUGAACUGAUGGAAUACACAUGUAUGCUGGAGGUCACGCAAACCUUUGUCAGGAGAACAGCUGAGUAUGAAUCCCAUUUACAUGCAAAUUAUGAAGAAUUCCCAUCUGUGGAAAAUGAGCCUUUAGUGGAUUACAACUGUAUGCACAGACUGGGUGCCAAGCUGGGGUUCAUAUCUGGGCUAGUUCACCGAGCAAAAAUUGAUGCAUUUGAAAAAAUGCUGUGGAGAGUCUGUAAAGGAUAUACUAUUUUUACAUGUGCAGAGUUGGAUCAAUGUCUGGAAGAUCCAGAUACAGGUGAAACCACUAAAUGGUUUGUGUUUUUAGUGUCCUAUUGGGGUGAACAAAUUGGCCAGAAAGUUAAGAAGAUAUGUGACUGCUAUCACUGUCAUGUCUAUCCCUAUCCAAAUACCACAGAGGAGCGCACGGCAGUUGUUGAAGGACUAAACGUUCGUAUUCAGGAUCUUCACACUGUGCUGCAUAAAACUGAGGAUUACUUACGCCAAGUCUUAUGUAAAGCAUCUGAAUCCAUCUAUACGUGGGUUAUCCAAGUGAAGAAGAUGAAAGCCAUUUAUCAUGUACUCAACCUGUGCAGUUUUGAUGUCACAAAUAAAUGUUUAAUUGCUGAGGUUUGGUGUCCAGUGGCUGAUCUGCAAAACUUGCGCCAUGCACUGGAGGAAGGAUCAAGGAAAAGUGGAGCUGCAGUUUCUUCAUUCAUGAACACCAUUCCAACAACACAAACUCCUCCAACUUUGAUACGUACCAACAAAUUCACCUCAGGGUUCCAAAAUAUUGUUGAUGCAUAUGGAGUUGCAAACUAUGGGGAAGUUAAUCCAGCUCUUUAUACCAUCAUCACUUUUCCCUUCCUGUUUGCUGUUAUGUUUGGAGACUUUGGGCACGGUCUACUAAUGUUCAUCUUUGCGCUCCUGACAAUAAUGUAUGAAAAUCACCCUAGAUUACAGAGAUCACAAGAUGAGAUAAUGAAAACAUUUUUCGAAGGCCGAUACGUUAUUUUAUUGAUGGGUCUGUUUUCUGUAUACACUGGCUUGAUCUACAAUGACUGUUUUUCAAAGUCGUUAAAUAUAUUUGGUUCUGGAUGGAAUGUUUCAGCAAUGUUUGAACAAAAGGUUUGGCGUCUUGAAGAUCUGAAGUCUAAUCAAUUUUUAACACUGGAUCCAAAUGUUACUGGUGUGUACAAUGGAGCUUAUCCCUUUGGUAUUGAUCCAAUCUGGAAUUUGGCAAGCAACCGUCUCAGUUUUCUAAAUUCUUUCAAAAUGAAAAUGUCUGUGAUUUUUGGAGUGACUCACAUGACAUUUGGAGUUGUAUUGGGGGUCUUCAACCACUUACAUUUCAAGAAGAAGUAUAAUAUUUACUUGGUUUUUCUUCCUGAACUUCUAUUCAUGAUGUGCAUCUUUGGCUACCUUGUGUUUAUGAUCUUCUUUAAGUGGUUGGCUUACUCUGCACAGGACUCUACAUCUGCUCCUAGCAUUCUGAUUCAGUUUAUUAACAUGUUCCUAUUUCCUGGGAGUGAAACAGAGGUCUUUUAUAGCGGACAGGUUGUUUUACAGAAGUUUUUACUUAGUGUUGCUUUACUUUCUGUUCCUGUAAUGCUUUUUGGAAAACCACUUUAUUUAUAUUGGUUGCACAGUGAAGGCCGAGGCAUUGGAAGGUACAGAAGUGGCUACAAGCUAAUUCGAAAAGAAAGUGAAGAAGAACUUUCUCUGCUGAGGUCUAAUGAUGUGGAAGAGGGAAGCAGUCAUUCAGACAGUGGGCACAGAGAUGGGGAUGGAGAGGAGUUUAAUUUUGCAGAUGUUUUUAUGAAUCAAGCAAUUCAUACUAUUGAGUACUGUCUAGGAUGCAUUUCCAAUACAGCCUCAUAUCUGAGACUCUGGGCGCUAAGUCUUGCUCAUGCACAGUUAUCAGAAGUUCUGUGGCAAAUGGUGAUGAGAGUGGGUCUUCGCGUCGAUACAACAUACGGUGUCUUACUGCUAGUUCCUGUUCUAGCGUUUUUUGCUGUGCUAACUAUUUUUAUUCUUUUGGUCAUGGAGGGGCUUUCAGCUUUUCUCCAUGCUGUACGACUUCACUGGGUGGAAUUUCAGAACAAAUUUUACACUGGUGGAGGAUACAAGUUUACACCUUUCUCUUUUAAGCACAUUUCUUUACAUUUUAAUAAAGAUGAUAUGGUGUAGUUUGGUUGCUUUCAGAAAUGUUUGGAAUUGUCUGCAAAUAAUCAUGUAACUGGAUCUCAACAAUUGGUUUCUUGUAGGACAAAGUGUUUUUCACUGAUUGCCUUAUAAUGCAGCCAAAUAAUUGUGUAAUAUAUACCUCCCAUGCAAGUGCAUAGCAGAUCUGGAGCAUCUUGUAAAGUAUAUAGGUAUAAAAUGUACAUUUUUCUUGAUAAACUAAUGUUGUAAAUUAAUUUUAUUCU